AUGUUUCUGUUCUCCUUGUCAUACCUCCUGCUCACCUUGCUCAGUCUAAGCACCGUGGCGCACUCAUGUCGCCCCUCGGUUUGGGCUGUCGGACUCAGAGGCGACCAGACGCUUGACAAUCAUCUUCGCAUCGUAGGCCGCCCAAUCACCGUCCGAGAACACAGACUGGACAUCAACGGAUACACAACUUCCAUUCCGGACGACAACAAGGCGUUGCUCGAAGCAAUCCGCAAGGACCCCAGCGUUGGUUUUGUGGUCAAAGUUCCUCAAGACUAUUUCCAAAAAUUCGACCAGUUCAUCAAAGUUGGUUGGGAUGAGGAUGAUCGCGACCUUUACCACCAUAUGCUACGACCGACGUAUCAAUGGGGUCGAUUGCAGAGCCGAGACCCAGAAAACAUCGAGUCGGGAGGCAGCCUUGAUGUUCACAUCAACCUCGUUACCCAAUUCAACCCGAACUCGGUAUCGAUUGUACCAGAACUUUCCAAGAACACUUACUAUCUCAAAUUCAAGUCAGAAGAACAAGAAAGGAAGUCCUUGCCAAUGAUUCGCGGUGAUCCUCGUGUUGAGGAUAUCUGGCCCAGUCGUUGUUACCAGAAUGGGAUCAGAGACUUGAUCAGAAUAGACGGAGAGGAUAUUCAAGACGGAGAAGAUGGCUGUGUCUUUCGUCUAGGUUAUCGUCAGUGGUACAAGGAGCCGAUUGUCACUAUACCAAGCAAGCCUUCGACGAUGACACUUCAUCCAAAGAUACGCAGCAUGCGUUCCGAGGCACUCAAAACCUACUCACAACGUCGUCCACAGACACCUACUCCAGCUCCGACUGUGCACUCCUGGGAAGCAAAACUUGCAAAGGACAGGGAGGAACAAGUGCAAAGAUGGAUGCUUGAGCAUGAGAUGUGGAAGAAGCAGGCACGAUAUCAUCAGUCACAACAGCUUCAAAGGCUUGCAAGAAUGAAGGACGAUGACAAGAGAAAAGGUAUCAGGAGAGAUGGUGCUUGCAUGAGACAUGGGAGGUGA